CAUGAGAUGAAAGACAAGCAAUCAACAAGUGUCCAGCGUACAUUGAAAUACUUUCAAAUUAUCCCAGGAUGCACCUCAUGAAGUUGGUUGGUUGGAGAGAAUGAGAGACUGAGUACAAUGAUAUAACAGGACUUGUCAAUCAUGUGGAAUUGGAAUGGAAUUUCUUAGGAUUAAGCAUCUGGCAGAGGUGCCUGGAACACAAAGAGAGUGAGCAGCUGUCUAACUAAUCACUAAAGCCUUCAUAAUUCCCUUAUUACCCAUAAUGCAACGCAGGCAAAGCCUAUAGUUCAAAAACUUCUAACCGAGAAGCUCAGCAUACCUAAACGCAACCUGAUCUCAUGACGAAAACGGACCUGUGGGAACUUUUUCGCAAGACGUCACGUCCACUAAGUGGCGCUAAAGAGUGUUCUCUUUUUUUUUCCCCUGGGACAGAUGAGCAUACAUAUGGUACGUUUUAUGGACAUUGAUUUUGUAUGUGUCAACACAGUUCUGAUUUGAAAUGUCCACUGGGAGGCGCUAUAACUCUAAUGCUUAGUGAUGUUUUAAAAUAACGUACCAUCUGCACCUAAACCUACCUGAUAAUAACAGUGAAUGUGAUGUAAAAAACGAUCGCAAGCAUGCAGUUUUAGCCUGUUUUUCAAUCUCUCACCUUUCAGCUAUUUCACCGUGAGUCAUGUUUUUCACAGGAUUCGUACCCAAGGAUUCCACAUUCUUAGUCCAAUUCUGUGCAGGCCAAGCUACCGAGUAAACUUGUUAUGUAUGGAAAGCGAAACAUAUGGAGCUGUAAUCAUAACUGUGUACACAAACGAUUACAAGUGCUCGCUGUUUUACCACCUAUAGUGUUCAUUUCUGUUGGAAAAUGCAGAGAUAUGUACUUAUUCGUAGUGUUUCGCGUCUUGCGAAAAAGUUCCCACAGCUAUGUUUUCAUCAUAAGAUCAGGUAAAUGUCUUGAUACAGUCUUCUCUGCUACCAUAUGUGUUAAUUAAAAGAAGGGUGACCAUACUUCCUCUUUGUCCUGAACAUGUCCUGACCAGGACUUCUAAAUUGUCUGCAUUUUCACUUUGUAUCCGUAUUGACGUCAAGUGUAUUCGACUUGCACAGAAUGAUCAGUCUAUGGCUUCAAAGUACCACAAGAGCGAUUCGAAAGCAUAAGGAGCCGUCUGUUGCAAAACCCAGCAAUUUAGAAAUCCUGGCCAGACAGGACAUGUCAGGGAAAAUGAGUAAGUAUGGUCACCCUAUUAAAAGGAUUUUCUCAGCUACAAGCCUUAUGCUCAUUAGACAAUAUCAAAAUAGUUCACCAUGACCACCAGAGCCAAACAAAACCCCUAACAGGAAGAACAGACACUGUUAUAUUUAGAACGCCACUCAGGUCCAACAGCAUUCUGGACUGAAGGGUCAAAACAGGGAGACUAGAGAGCACAAACACACUUAUAAAGUGCCUGAACACAUAAAUCAGUUGUAUCUGCAAUUAAACGCACGAAAAAAAAACAUCAGAUGUAAAACUGUGUAUCAUAAAUAGUAUUUAUAGAUUUUGCUGUAAAUGGAGAGAGCAUGAUCCUGCAAAAGAUCUUCAAGCAUGCAAUGAAGUGGAGUCUGGUUUUGUUGACGAAAUAUAAAAAGUGCUGCAUAACUAAUGCAUCUAUUUUAGACCCUGUGUGUUUAAAUAUAUCCAGUCAUGCACAACGAGGCACAUGCCAAGGUCCCUAAAAGGCCAAUUACCUGUGUUAAAAUGCGAGAAUCCAAAGGAGUUGUAAGGUGAGCACAGGAAUUGGCAGUACAAACAGUGAGCCUACGAAAUCACUUCCUUGAGACACAAGUAGGACGCACACACGCCCCUCUAUGAUUCACCAUGACCGGUUGCAGUUACACUUGAGUGCAAGUGUAUUCACAAGUAUCUCCAGUUACCCAUUACCUCGUAGAUGUGUUGUAUUGCAAAUGCUCUAGACAGUAGAGAAACCAGUGUGAUCAUGAGCAGAGGGUGUGAGAAUGUAACCAGAAGCUCUAUCAUAAUCACCCCUCGUUCUUAUAUUUAAUACCCCACCGCAAUCUGGCCUGAUGCUGCCCCAUCCCAACUCUGAGCCAGCAGCUAUUCAGGGAGGAUGAGGGGUAUGAUGUUCACGAGGUUGGGAUGUGUCCUUUUCGCUGUGGAUCGCAAGUACUAUAAGUCUAUAAAUCAACCUCACUCGCCAGUAAUCCAGCCAACAUAAACAAGUCAAUUUCUGUAGUCUCCUGUUAAUCAAACUUGUAGACUGUAAACAAUCUUUAUUUCUUUGUCUUUGUGUCUUCCUGACAAACAAUCUCCCAAUGGUUCUCAUUGUCCUCUAGGCAUUCUAUCAAUCCUCUCUCUUUCUCUUUUCUGGCUAGACUGUCCUGGCUGUCCCUCUGAUCAACUUUGAGUUUCUAUUCCUGUCACCUUGGUGAGAUAUGGCUUCUAGUGGCGACAGACAAAAAUCCACAGUGCUGACUAACUACUUUAUUUAUCAAGAGAUGACCUCAGAUCUGGAUAUCAUAAUAAACCCCCACCCUGAUCCCUCCCGCUCUCUGUGUUCUCAACUAGCUAAAUGAAAAGGGCAACUAGCUCAAAGUUGUUCUUACCUCUCGUGGCCCCAAAAUGCCUGCCCAUCAUUUCCCCUCCCUUCUAGAGAUCUGGUAGAAAACACGUGCCUAUCUUGUCAAGGCAAAAGGUUUGGAGGCUGCCCACUGGGUGGAGGAGAAAUGGUUGACCCUCCCCUUGCACUCCCAAAGCUUAUGCAUUUGAUGCCUGCAGAAGUCAUGGGCCACAUCCCAACAGACGCGGCUGGUGUACUGACCCUUUUCUCUUCUUUGGUCUUCUUCAAUCUUGAGAAGUUUGGGAGCAGCAAGUCGACCUAACCACCUCUGCCUCCUAACCCUUCUUUCGUUCUUCUUCCUUUGGUGCUUUGCCUUUCAUUCGUUGAGUCCUAACUCACCUGUUCCUGGUCUUCCUUAUCUCUCUUCCUUCCUCUCCUAGCGAUGAAUUACUACCUGAUGCUCAGCAACAGCCAUGGAGAAGGUGUUCUGUCUCGGUACCAGAGCUUGCGUCUGGAGGGUCGCAUGUGUGAUGUUGUUCUGGAGGCAGAAGGUGUGGAGUUCCCUGCUCAUCGCACUUUGCUAGCCUGUUCCAGCGACUACUUCUGGUCCGUGUUUCAGGACUACACCCUGGAAUCCCGUGCCCGCACUAUCAGCUUGCCAGCCCUGUCAUCUCUAGGCCUGGAGCAGAUACUGGACUUCAUCUACACCUCAUGGAUCUCACUGUCACCCUCCACUCUAGAGGUCACACUACAGGCUGCCUGCUAUCUACAGAUCAGCCAUGCUGUGGAUCUUUGCACUCAGUACAUCUCCGAAAGCAUUGCUCCUGACAACUGCUGCUUUUUUGCUAACAUAGCAGCUCGCUAUGGCCUUUCUGAAGCAUUCGAUGACAGCAACUGUUUUAUUAGCAGUAACAUGCGCAGAAUACUUGCAUCUGAUGAAUACAAGGCUGAGCUAAUGGAGUUAAAUUUUGAUUCUCUGCAAGAGGUGCUUGUAGCUGAGGAGAUACCAGGAGUGAAGGAGAUAGACCUUCUGCUGCUGGUUUUGGACUGGUUAGAGUGCAACCCACAAUCUGCCCUGGAAAGCAAUGCAUUGCUCAGUCGGAUCCGAUUUGGUUUGAUUCCACCUAAAGAGCUCUCUCAACUUAGUGCUCUUAAACCUGCUCUACGUACACCCUUCAUCCGCAGCCUAGUGCAGAAAGCACUUAACUACCACCUUCAGGGUCCCCUACAACCUCUACUACAAAGUGUCCACACCAGCCUAAGAACCACAAAGAGCAAGAUUCUUCUGGUGGGAGGAGGACCAGAUGCAAACAGACCCAAGAAUCAGAUCCUUACCUACGAACCUCGGAAUAAGAAAUUCCAGCCACUCUCAACACCCCUGCCAAACAAGCUACAGCACCAGGGAGUAUGCGUUAUUGGCAACUUCCUAUUUGUACUAGGUGGUGAGGUGGUGCGGGUGGAUGAGGUGAAUGAGAAGAGUGCUGUAAUGACUGUUACUGACCAGGUGUGGCGCUAUGACCCACGGUUUGAGCAGUGGGAGGAGAUGGAACCACUCUUGCAGAAGAGGGCACAGUUUGCCUGCUGUGUGGUGGAAGGUGUUAUUUUUGCUAUCGGUGGACGGGGCCAGAAGGGUGAGCCUGCUUUGUCAUCUGUGGAAAGGUACAAUAUGAGUGAAGGGUGCUGGCGCAGUGGGGUAUCAUUACCGUAUUCAGUUCACGGGCAUGCCUGUGCCACUAUUGGAACAGGAAUCUACAUCUCCGGCGGCAUCCACGUCAACAACCCAGAGAGUAGCAAAGAACUGCUGUUUCUGAAUGCCAUUAAGGGGUAUGCCUGGCAGAGACGUUCUAACAUGUCCAUUGCCAGAUUUGGCCACCAGAUGGCAGCAGUGAGGGGAAGAAUUUACAGCUUUCUGGGAAUGUAUGAGCCCUUCUGUGACAUUGAACGCUACAGUCCUGAGCAAGACCUGUGGACCCGUCUAAAGCCCCUACUGAAUGACCGCUUCUGCUACGGUUUGACCACAACAGGAGGCAGGCGUGUGCUUAUGUUUGGAGGCAGAAAAUGGCAGGAAGGACAGGAGGUGUGUACAACAAAUGUGCUGGAGUAUGACACAGAAUAUGAUGCCUGGAGAGAAGUGUGUAAACUACCAGGGCCCUUGUGUGGGACUCAGUGUGUCAUAAUGACUCUUCAAGACCCUCCGGAGACCUAAAAGUCAAUUACAAACACCAUCCCACAUACACACAAGCAAACAGAUGCCUGUCAUGGGGCAGAGAGAGUUGAAGGACAGGGGUUAUCUUUGUGUCAUGGAUACAUGGAUUGUAAAGUGGCAGGAAAAACAGGAUAUAGAGAACCUUGGUGGGGGUAAAAUGCUAUUAAGUGUGUUUUACAGCAAGCGGUAAGGAGCUCCUUAAACUAGGUCACUAUGAAUAGGGUAGAGAAUGUCAUGACAUUGAUAGAUGACUUGUCAUAAAGACGUUGUCCUGAAAAAUGGCAUAGAUCCCUCUAAGGACACUGGAGAAAAGGACAGAACUAAGGAUGGAAUUUCAGACCACUGGACACUUUGGCCAUUGCAUCUUGAAAGGUGUUAAGAAAGGACAGCCAAACAAGCAAAAAAGCAAUUUAGACAAGGACAAAUUUAAAAAAAUUAUAAAGUGUACUGCUUGAUGUCCAGUUUGGACAAGAUUUGACUAUUUGGCACUGCAUGAAGAUCAAAGGUGACAAUCAUAAUGUCUUAUGACAGAGAGACAGCUGCCAUGAAUGUUGGAUACAGACUGUGAAAGGAGGCUACACUCACAGACGCUGAGCGAGAAAGCCAAAUUAGACCAUUCAUUUGGAAGGGUACAUGGGAAGUCGAAAUGGGCAAGGACAUGUAUCAAGAUCACAGUGUGUGUGGGAUACAGACAAGAGAUUUUUAGUGAGGAAUGACAAACAAAACUGCUAAGUCACACAUCUGACAACUCAAAAUGUAGGCCAUGCAUGGAAAUCUAGAACCUUAUCACAGAUAAUAUAGUGUGAUUAGAAUACAAAUACUUAAAGUGAACUGCAAAUACAGCAGUUGAGCAGAAAUCUUGUUAAACUGUGAGAUGCACAUAAGUAGCAGUAAUUUUAGACCUAGUAGUACUAUUUCUGGGUUAUGUAAAAGCAUGUAGCCUCGAGUUUGUAAAAUGAAUAUUGUUGACAUAAUUUUACAAAUGAAUCUACGCAAAUGAGUAGCUAUGACAGAGUAGCAUAAAUAAAAGAUUUGACUGCAUAAAACUUAUUUUGCAGCUGGUGAGUUUCUUUAAGGACGUUUGUACUGAUCUACUGACCAAACACUAAUUUGCUGGAAAUAAUAGCAACUUAGCAUCCUAACAUGGUUUGCUUAUUAGACUAUUGCUCAUUAUAAAAUCAGCAUUUAUUGCCCAAAAAAGGAAACCCAUUGUCAAUCCAGGACUUGGAACAAACCCAUCAGUUCACCUUCAUUAAUUUUUGUAAGUUGAGUCCAUUACCUUCACUGAACAGCCUGGGAACCAGCAAGUCUCUGAAAGAAAAGGAGAGAACCGCUUUCUAGGAUAUUUACAUGGGCAUCUAUUUUUAACCAUCUACUGAAGAAAGGUGCCCUUACUCAUUGUUCGACAGGCUGCUGAGCAGCUCUCAGGCGAUUGUUUAUUGUCAGGCACUCACCUUUAAGCCAAAGAUGGUUGAAAAUGCCAGCUGGGAAAUUACCAUUGAUGAAUGGGAAUACUAACAAACAGCUUUCUUCAG